GAGAGCCACCAGUCCGAGUUAGUUGAUCCGAGGCGACGAGACACGAGAGUGGCAUCCGCGCCGGAGAGAAGCGAGGAGCCUGGUACACCGCGUCCCGCCCGCCUCACCCAGCCUCACCCACGCUGCUCCGCGCUGGACAGGAUGAACGAGACUCGGAGCUUUGGACAUUUUGGACACCGCGGACAGCAGCGCGCAGUGGAGAACGGGAUUUAGCGGAGAAGUUGGCUUUCGCAGCGGCUGUGGUGCCCGAGUCCAAGUCUCUCCGCCGUCAAGUCGUGAGAGGGAUUUCUGACUUUUUUUUUUUCCCUGACUGUCGCCAAACUGCUCUCGAUGCGCCACGACAAAGGAUUUUAAAGUAGUUUUGUGGGGUUUUUUGUGAGCUUUAUCGGAGAUUUAAGGUUGCCUUACAUUUAAUGAAUGCUUGGAGACGUCUGAAAUCAGAAAUCAGUGAUUUUCUGUCAAAACGGGAUACUUUGGGUCAGUGCCGGGGGGAGCCGUUGGACACUUUUCUCGCGGCGUCUGCGGCCGCCGUUCUGCUGGACAGCAUGCGCACGGAGGAUGUCGUCUGAGUUGGGCCUCGCUGCUCUGCGUCUCACCUCUUCGUCCAGAGGAAUGACGGCUCUGUGGUGCUCGCUCUGGCUCUUUCUGCUCCUGCCUCUCAGCGUGGCUCCGGCCAGGCUGCCCACCGCUCAGCCCACAGACUCCGUGUCCAGCGAGACGGCCUUCCUGGAGGACUAUGUCCUGGGCGUGGGGGACAUCCUGGAAAUGUCGUGCGACCUGGACGACCCCUCGGAGCCCGUCGUCUGGUUCAAAGACGGCGCCGGCCUCGCGUCCAGCAACCGCACCAGGCUGGGCCAGAGGAUGCUGCGCAUCAUCAACGUGUCGUACGAGGACUCGGGAGUCUACUCGUGCCGGCUCGCCCGGAGCAACACGCUGCUCAGCAACUACACCAUCAGAGUGACAGAUUCUCUGUCGUCUGGUGAUGAUGAAGACUAUGAUGAAGACCCAGAAGUUGUAGGUAAUGGAAAUGCUCCGUAUUGGACCAGACCUGACCGGAUGGACAAGAAGCUCUUGGCUAUUCCUGCCGCCAACACCGUGAAGUUCCGCUGCGCCGCCGCCGGAAACCCAACACCGACCAUCCACUGGCUGAAGAACGGCAAAGAGUUCAAGGGAGAGCAGAGGAUGGGCGGCAUCAAGCUGAGACACCAGCAGUGGAGUCUGGUGAUGGAGAGCGCCGUGCCGUCAGACCGAGGAAACUACACCUGCGUGGUGCAGAACAAAUACGGCACCAUCACCCACACCUACCAGCUGGAUGUGCUAGAGCGCUCGCCUCACAGGCCCAUCCUCCAGGCAGGCCUGCCAGCCAAUCAGACGGUGGUGGUGGGCAGCGACGUGGAGUUCCACUGUAAGGUCUACAGCGACGCCCAGCCGCACAUCCAGUGGCUCAAACACAUCGAGGUCAACGGCAGCCGCUUCGGCCCCGACGGCAUCCCCUUCGUCAACAUCCUGAAGACGGCUGGUAUUAACACUACAGAUAAGGAGCUAGAGGUUCUCUUCUUGACCAAUGUGUCUUUUGAGGAUGCGGGCGAGUACACUUGUCUGGCAGGGAACUCUAUCGGCUAUGCUUACCACUCUGCUUGGCUGACGGUGCUUCCAGCAGUUAGCCCCGACAAGGAAGACUACUACGCCGACAUCCUCAUCUACGUGACGGGCUGCGUGCUCUUCAUCCUCGCCGUGGUCAUCAUCGUCCUCUGCCGCAUGAGGAUGACCACGCAGAAGACCCUGCCCACGCCUCCCGUGCAAAAACUGUCCAAGUUCCCCCUCAAGAGACAGCAGGUGUCCUUGGAUUCCAACUCCUCCAUGAACUCCAACACGCCCCUGGUUAGGAUCGCCCGCCUGUCGUCCAGCGACGGGCCGAUGCUCGCCAACGUCUCGGAGCUGGAGCUGCCCUCCGACCCCAAGUGGGAGUUCCCUCGAACGCGGCUGACUCUGGGUAAACCGCUGGGAGAAGGCUGCUUCGGUCAGGUGGUCAUGGCUGAGGCCGUCGGCAUCGACAAGGAGAAGCCCAACAAGCCCCUCACUGUCGCUGUGAAAAUGCUGAAAGAUGACGCCACGGAUAAAGACUUGUCAGACCUGGUGUCGGAGAUGGAGAUGAUGAAGAUGAUUGGGAAACACAAAAACAUUAUCAACCUGCUGGGAGCGUGCACGCAGGACGGUCCUCUGUACGUCCUGGUCGAAUACGCCUCCAAAGGCAACCUGAGGGAGUACCUGAGGGCGCGUCGGCCCCCGGGCAUGGACUACUCAUUCGACACCUGUAAAAUCCCAGAUGAGCAGCUCACCUUCAAGGACCUGGUGUCCUGCGCCUACCAGGUCGCCCGAGGCAUGGAGUACCUGGCCUCGCAGAAGUGUAUCCACAGAGACCUGGCGGCCAGGAACGUCCUUGUGACGGAGGACAACGUUAUGAAGAUCGCCGACUUCGGUCUCGCCAGAGACGUGCACAAUAUAGACUACUACAAAAAGACCACAAACGGUCGCCUGCCCGUGAAAUGGAUGGCUCCAGAGGCUCUGUUCGACCGGGUCUACACGCACCAGAGCGAUGUGUGGUCUUAUGGGGUGUUGCUGUGGGAGAUUUUCACCCUGGGAGGGUCUCCGUACCCGGGAAUCCCGGUAGAAGAACUCUUUAAACUGCUGAAGGAAGGACAUCGGAUGGACAAACCGGCCAACUGCACCCAUGAACUGUACAUGAUCAUGAGGGAGUGCUGGCAUGCGGUGCCGUCACAGAGGCCGACCUUCAGACAGCUGGUGGAAGACCACGACCGGGUUUUAUCAAUGACCUCCACCGAUGAGUACCUGGACCUGUCGGUGCCCUUCGAGCAGUACUCCCCCACCUGUCAGGACUCCAACAGCACCUGCUCCUCAGGAGACGACUCGGUGUUCGCCCACGACCCGCUGCCAGACGAGCCCUGUCUUCCCAAACAGCUUCCCAGUAACGGGGUGAUCAGGACAUAAGAGCUGAGCUGGGGAGGAGCGGGAGGAGGAGGAGGAGGAGGGUGGAGAGGUUGGACAUUCACCUCUUCUCACAUUUUGUGACAAACGCUCACCUCUCAGUGACUCGAGCCUCCUCAAGAUAUGGAAAUAAAAAAACUCAGCAUGCAAUACUUCCACAGUCCUUCAGUUGGUCUUAAACGACUUUUUCUUUUUUUUUUCCUCAAGAGACUCUUUAAAAAAAAAAAAACAAACAAACAAACAAAAAAAAAAAAAAAACAGUGAAGGAUUAUUUUUUUGCCGUUGAACCAUGUUCUUCUUUUCAGAAAUGAAAUUAUAUUUUUGUACUCGGGCCAGUCUUUUGUUACGGACAAUCUGUGGGGUGAAACCAUUCCGUGCCUACUGGGAUUAAACCUCCUGAGACUGAACUAAAAGAGAAAAAAAAGGAUGUAAGAGGAGGAAAUGAAGGGCGUUGACGAGCGAGCGGCUGGCGAUCCAGUAGGCGGGGAUUUCUUUCUUUCUUUCUUUCUUUUCUUUUUUUAAUUUUUUUUUUAAUCCUCUCGUCUGCUAAAAAGCAAAGUUUGUGACCUGACAGAAGAUCCACCAGCAAAGCCAGAAUCAGCCCGGUGAAUCUCGCUCUUCCGGAGACACACGGAGGGAUCGCUCACGAAAGCUGUAACGUCACAUUUUAGCUUCCCGAAAAAAAUCCAGUUUUGUGAUAAUCAUGGAACAACUUCCUCAUCAGAUGUGAGGGUUUCAGGGCCAUUCAGUAAUAACAGUGAGGUUUGGAGUUUUCUUUUUCUUUUUUUAUGUAUCUACAAAGUGAUUUAUUGUAAAUAUAUAAAUGCAAAUAUGUAUCAUAUUGCUGUCCACAGCCAUGUACUUAAAAGACAAAAAGUAAUUUUUUUUUUAAGAUAUUGUUUUAGGAUGGAAGCAUUGCAAUCUAGAAGACACUGUCAUGAACGUGUAAAACAUUUAAUCAAAAGGUUUAUUUGAAUAAUUAACGUGUAUAUUUGUAAAGAUAUUUAUAGACUUAACAUGUGGUUCCUAUGUUUGAAAGGUCUAGCUUAGGAUUUUAGUACUGUAAGCAAAGAUUUUUAUUUCUUUCUUUUUGUUGUUUUUGUAACUUAUUUUACAACAGAACGUUAUUUUCACAACCGGCAGAAUCCUCUGGGUUUUCAUUAUUUUUUUUUCUUUCAUCCAUCUUUUCAAUCGGUUCGUUUACAAUUAGAAGCAAACUAAGAAUGUAUGACAGACACCGAGAUGAUUUUUUUAAUUUUUAUUUUUAUUUUUUGGAGAGUGAGCGUGAUGAGGAGGAGGAGGAUGAGGAGGAUGAGGAGGAGGACUGGUGAGCUGGUGUUUUUUUUUUUGUUUUUUUUCUCCACUGAGUCUGAAUUCUGGUUUAAAAAGUUGACGUUUGCAAUAUCAAAGCAACGAUUGACUCUUGCUGGGCAAGAAAUAGCGACGCUUGUACCACACAGACCUUUUUUUUUCGUACCGCACCAUUGAACAUGAACAACAACUAGCUGUGAAUCAGAAGAAGCCUUCAGUGAACUUUAUCAACCUUUUUAUUGAUAAAAAAUAAUAAUAAUACUCCUAUUUACGCUGCUUCACACCUCAGUCUGUGAUGUUUAAUGAACUACAGGAGCAACCAGGCAGCCUGUUCGCUGCCAGUAUUUGUUAUUUAUUGUUACAUAUGAACACUAUGGUACCCUUUGCUUAAAAGAAAACACGCUUCAAUCCUUUAUCGAUGAGAUGUGUAGGAAUGCAUCUGUCUGUGGCGAAUUAACUGCAAGAAACUGCUGAGUGAUUGUGUUAUAGCGUUGGACUACAUUUCCCAGAAUGCAGCUGUUACCAGAGAACUUUAUACAUUAAGACGUAAAAGAAAUUCUAGGGAUCAAACACUUUACUCUUUCUUCUUUUGCAGCAUCCAGCCAUGCAGCUGUCCGAGUCUUUGUCAAGAUUCUGAAUCCAAAGAAGAGAAAAAAAAUUUCAAUAUUCAAUAUUUUUAAGCUUUCGGUCACGAGACCUUCACCAGAGCAUCGCCUUAUGCAUCGUCAUUGCACAAAUUCAAGUGUGUGUAAAAUUUUCAUCUUCUUUGGUUUCUUUUAGGAGCAAACAAUAGUUAUGCUGCAUUGCAUCCUGGGAUUUUGAGUCCAGUAACAGGCCGGAAAUAGUUCUCCGUGAUUUUGAGCCAUGAUGCAAAAAAAAAUCUGAUUUGAUUCAGGAUCGUUUCCAACACUAUGGUACAUUUGCUUAAAAGAAAACGCACUACUUAUCAAUGGGAUGUGUAAGAAACAUCUGUCUGUGGCGAAUUAACUACAAGAAAACAUUCAGCGAUAAUGUGAGACACAUUUCCCAGAAUGCAGCUGUUAUCAGAGAACUUUAUACAUUCAAACAUAAAAGAAAUUCUAGGGAUCAAAUACUUUAUUUCUUUUUAUUUUAAAAGCAAAAAUAGUUUUGCUGCAUUGCAUCCUGGGAUUCUGAGUCCAGUAACAGGCCAGAAACCACUCAACGAUAAUGUUAGAGUGGUGAACUACAUUUCCCAGAAUGCAGCUGUUAUAAGAGAACUUUUUACAUUCAGAUGUAAAAUUCUAGGGAUCAAAAAAAAGGGGGAUUUUGCUGCAUUGCAUUCUGGGAUUUUGAGUCCAGUAACAGGCCAGAAAUAGUUCUCUAUGAUUCUGAGUCACGAUGCAGAAAAGAAAUCUGAUCGGAUCCAGAACCAUUUUCAAGCAGCUAUAGGUGGUAUUUUAUUUUAUUUGGUUCUUUUUCUCUAGCAGGUGUUUUCUGAAGGCUUCAGUCUCUCCGCUCUCAGAGGUCACAGGGUCGAUGCUAACAAGCCGCGCGCGGCUUGUAGAGAUGUAAAGUUGUCGUGUCCCCUUUUUUUUUUUGUUUGUUACUAAAACACCAGCCCAGAUGCUUGAGAUUUUAUCGCUGCUCUAUAGUAUUAAUACUGAAAUGAAGGCAUGCUGUGAGACUUACAAAUCACACAGCAACAAAAAGAAAACAUAUAUGUGUGUUUGUGUGUGUGUGUGUGUAUAUUGGUUUUGCUAAAGGCGACUGGAGUCUGUGGUGGGUCCUUCUUCAAGUCCUGUCGAUCGAACAAAGUGCCAAAUUAUUAUUAUUUUUCUUUAAACGUCUAUUUCCACCAGGUCUCUGAACCAAAAGCUGCACGGUGAAUGUAGGCCGGCGUAGGUUACAUGUGCAUCCAAGGAUCAUGGGAUUGCCAAAUGGGUAUCUCCACCUUUUCUUUUUCCCCCCAAAAACAAAUCUUAAAGUUUACAGUCAUUUUUAAUUUUUAUUUUUUAUCUUAGCGAAGUCACUAAAAGGGAAAUGCUAAUAUUGAGGAGGCACUGAAGAGCUCGUUACUUCGCAACGGCCUUAAUCCAGAGUACGAACUGAAUCUGGCUGCGUUAGUACUUAGUGAAAUCACCCCAGAAAGUACUUAUAGGUGUGGAAUAAAAAAAAAAAAACAAUGCUGUUUAAAUCUGUUGCUACACUGGUACGUUUUUAAGUUAUUGGCACCAAAUUAUUUACAUGUUUUUAUUGGUUUAUAAUCAGAAACUUUCAGUAUUCGGUAAAGUUCUGGCCCAAGUCUAUGAAGUGCCUGGAGAACAAAAAGGAGAUGGAUUUCGAUCAUGUUUUGAAUGUAUAAUAGCAAAAUAUAUAUAUAUAUAAAUAUAAAUAAGUAGUUCUCAGUAGAAAUAAUGCAGCUGUUAGACUGAUUUUCUUUUUUUAAUGAACAAAACAAACAAAAAAGGCACUUCUGUAAAGGUUGGAUGGAUCUAAUGAAACGGAUUGGUGUUUUAUUUAUUCUUCCACGCUGAGUAAAAGCUUUCCCUAUGGUGAGAGUAUUUUUAUUCAUCGCUGUCUGCUUUUCAGUGUUGUUUUUCAUUAAAGAGCCAGAAGAAGAAGAAGAACAUGAUGAUGAUGAUGAUGAUGAUGAUGAUGAUGAUGUAGAGUCGAUCCCUUCAGGCUUCGCUCCUGGCAUAGAUGAUCCUGUGUUUUAUUUUAUUUUAUUUUAUUUUGAAGCCCUGCUUUUCCUUUUUAUUUUUUAUUUUUUUUACUCUGACACCGACCUCAUCUGUCUAUCCGUUAGACGACUUUUUUAAAAUUUUCUUUUAGCUGCAGACAGUCAGGAUUUAAGCCUGGGAUUGAAGCGGAGUGUCGCCCGUUUCCUUCCAGAGAUCUCAAAAAUGAUUAUCUCCACCUCCUCGUGCAUAUUUAAUUUCCCACGCUGCGGUUCAUCCCGUCUCCUGAGUUUGCCGUUCGUGCCGCUCUGACCCAGCGACGAGCUCGUCCACAUUAAUUUAUGGCUUGAAAUCUUCUUUUUUUUACGUCGCACAUGAGUGACGACAGGUUUGAGCUGUUUCGUACGAAUCUUCUUUCAGAUACAGUCUAUUUCUUUCAUUUUUUGCAUUCCACAUCAGGGUUCAGUAGUAGUGAGGCAAAAUCUGUUUUCCACUCCCGCAUAAUUUAUUUUUUCCUCCCUCUGUAUUUCUAACAUAGAAAGGUGGAACUAACCAUUUGGCAUUAUGUGUUUUCUCUGUUGUUGUUUUCUUUGUAAUUCAUAGGUUUGUUGCGAUGUACAUGUUCUGAUCAUGAUGAAUCCUCUGUAACAUUCCACCACAACAACCCCUCUGGGCAAACACGUCCCAGCGGGGGAAAGAAAAACAGCUAUUUCACAACUCUCUCUCUCUCUCUCUAAGUCUCUUUCUCUCUGUGCCUGACAAACUAUGCUGUCAAAAAAGGUUUUCAAUAAACAUGUUAUAAUAGCG